AAAUGUCGUCAAAGACCAAGAAGCCCGCGGCUAAGGCCCAACGAUCCGCCAUCGCUGAUGUCGUUGCGCGAGAGUAUACUAUCCAUCUCCACAAGAGACUCCACGGAGUUACCUUCAAGAAGCGGGCACCAAGAGCGAUCAAGGAGAUCAAGUCUUUCGCGACCAAGUCAAUGGGCACAACCGAUGUUCGUCUCGAUCCCCAAUUGAACAAGAAGGUCUGGGAGGCUGGUGUCAAGGGUGUUCCGUACAGACUGCGCGUCCGAAUCUCAAGAAAGCGAAAUGACGAAGAGGGUGCAAAGGAGAAGCUCUACAGCUAUGUCCAGGCCGUUAACGUUAAGGAUGCCAAGGGACUGCAAACUGCUCUUGUUGAGGAAUAGGUGCUCUUUUUCAUGGCAUGGUUUGGGAGGAGUUGCUGCAUUCUGCUGGUUAGCUCAUGAAUGAAAAGAUUCACCUGCAUACGAAAGCAAACAAAUCUCUCCUGGACUGUCUGAAAUGUGGAUGUGAUGGAUAUGUUGAUGAAGUAGGAAGCCUGGACUGAGGCCAUGUUGUGUUGAUACUGGGAGGUGUGAAAGAACCGAGCUAGUGAAAUCCUUGGGACGACCAGGACGUUGACUGCUUACAGCAGACAGUUUCUAUGACGGGAAAACAAGAACCCUUAUAAGCCCUGAGAAGUCCAGAUGCUGAGAUUGAACGAAGAAC